GAUUUGUGUUUGUUAUGAAUGAGGUGUAUGUGUAAUGACUGUAAUGUGUAUCUGUGAUUGGUUUCAAUCAUCGACUUUGAGGAAAAAAUUAUUUUAAUAUAUUUCAGUUUUUAAAAAAACUGGAAAUAGACAAGAUGAUUCCAGAUCCAGGGAAAGAGAAUGUGCUGUCUAAACGUAUGAACAAAAUACUAGAAUCGCGUAUAGAAAAUGAUCAAGAUACUAUAGAAGCCCUACGUGAACUUUCGACGUUUUAUAAGGAGAACACCCUCCAAGCCCGUCGAAAUCUUCGGAGUCAAAUAGAGAAACGAAAUUUGGAUAUUAAUGAGAAUUUUUUGUCUACAUUUAUGGAAGUGAAAGAAAGCUUCGACUGUGUUUAUAAUGAUAUAGUAGAGAUGAACCAGAGCCUACAGGAAAUGACUCAAAAGUUGCAAAAUGCCAAAUCUCAAACUAAAAAACUGUUACAAAAAACCAACUCUUUACAGGAACAAAAAGAGAAAAUUGAAGUUUGCCAAAAUAUCACAGGAGCUUUUAUAAAAAAAUUCCAGCUGCAGCCUGAUGAUUUGGCAGCACUUUAUGGAAAUAAAAAGCAUGGUGAUGCUUCAAUUACACCUGAUACCUUUAAAGCAUUAGACAAAGUGGGAAAAAUUCAUGAAGAUUGUAAAAUGCUCAUGCAAGUGGGUCUACAGACACUAGCGGUAGAUGUCAUGGAACAAAUGACUUUACAUGAAGAAGGAGCUUUAGAAGUUUUAUACAGGUGGACGCAAAACCAUUGCCGCAGCAUUGACAACCCCGAGUUUAACGAAAUCAUUGCUAAGGCUGUGUCAAGGCUGCAAAAUCGCACUGUACAUUUUAAAUAUAUUAUUCAAGAAUACUGUAUUUAUAGGAGAAGUUAUUUAAUUGAUGAAUUUCUAAAUGCUCUGACUAAAGGAGGACCUUCCGGGAAUCCUGCUCCAAUUGAAAUGAGAGCCCACGAUGCUCAAAUAUAUAUAACUGAUAUGCUAGUAUGGAUUAAUAGAGCGCUUCCGGUAGAGAAACAAAAUCUACAAAUGCUCCUGAAGUUUUGUACAUGUGAAGGAUUAGACAACCUAUUAAACGAAGCGCUAGCCAAUAUUUGCGAGGGAGUUUGUCAACCUUUAAAAAUCAGAGUAGAAAAAAUUUUAGGAGUACCAAAUCAAGCUACCAUCCUAUAUUCAAUAGUCAAUAUGUUAAGAUACUACAAAAAAUGCAUUAACAAACUUGUAAAUCAAGGUCAACUGGAAGAAACGCUAUCAGACUUGUUACUAAAAAGUGAAAAAAGCUUUUUAGAUUCUUUAAAACAACAGAUAAACAGUUUAUUAGUGAGAGUAGAGUCUCCGCCAAGAGAUCUUAGCCCAACUACCGCCAUUACACACCUGUUAAACAUUUUAAGAGACAUGUUGUCUACAGCAAGUAUGAGUGAAGGAAGGGAAAUAGAUAUGGUAAAAAUAGCAGGUACGAUCUUAGAACCUUUAUUAAGGGCAGUAAAUGAACAGGCUUCCCGUCUGCCUCCAACUGACAUGGCAGUUUAUCUCUUAAAUUGCAUGUACUCGAUGUCUACAUGCCUUAGUAUGUUCGAAUUUAUGGAAGAGCAGCUAGAAAGGCUCCAAGCACAAUCAGAUGCCCAGAUAGAUACCCUAACAUCAGAACAAGCAAGUUCCCUGGUGGCUAACCUAAGUUUAGGUCCUAUUUAUACUAUUCUACAAGACCAUUCUGAAGGACCAUUAUCUGGUGUGCCUGGUAUGGAACCAUCUAAUCUUCGAAAUUUUCUUUUAAAAUUAGAUAACUUAGCUGUGCAACCGGAUUCCAUACUAUUGCCACAAAUAAAUCUUUUACUUUCAUCAAAACAUAAAAAAACUGUCCAAAAGAGGUCUUUCGGUUUACUUUUGGCUAUUUACCAACAAAUGUAUGAUGCUGUACAAAAACCAGAAAAUAAAUAUGAAAAUCCUACUGAAAUAUUAAGUAAAACACCAGAAGAGUUAAAUAAAUUGUUCGAAUGAUUUUUUAAAUUAGUAUUUUUACUAGAUGAGAGUGUUAAAAUUAUGCUUAUACAUAUUUAUUAUAAUUAAUGUAAUAUAUUGUUUAAUUUUGGG